UCUCGUUAUGUCCAGAUGCUCCUCCAGCAAGAUGACAUUCCUUUGCUGCACAACAUUCUCGCCUCCGUAUUCGUCUGGCUCCUGCUGGCAGGAUUCCUUGUUUUCCCCGGAACAUUCACCAGUCUCCAAAACUCGGUUGCGAAGCAGGGCGAUGACGAUCACACAUUUUCAGACCAAGCCGCCAAGCUCCUGGUAAAGAGCAUCAAAAAUGUACCGCUCCUUGUCAUUGCCGCCGUAAUGUGUGGCAUCUCCGCCAUCGGCAUGCUCACCCUUACCAUCCUCCACGCGAAAAACUACGUCUGGAUCGUGAACAAGCUAUUCCUGCCGGGUAUGACCAACUCCCUGGCUGGAUUGGUGUCAACACUCAUUGGCGUGUACACUCAACAACACGGCACAUGGAGCAUCACGGCCCGGAUUACUGCCAUUGCUGAAGGAGGUUCACUCUUUGUGUGUGGCGGACUUUUCCUCUUUUGCCGGCUGGCUCUCUUGAACAAGGUCAAAGAAAGUCAUGAAGAACAC